GCAGCAAUCAUGGAUUCUUAUCUUCCUGCCACAAUGGGGUCACUUAAUUUGGCAGAGGAAACCCAAGACCCAUCUGAGAAAAUAUCCAUUCUUCGUAGGGUACUUCAUGAUCCUUCUUCUCCUUCCUGGUUGACUUUGAGCAUCAAAGAGCUGGCCAUCGUAUACCUCACUGAGCAGUACAUGGAAGGGAAUAGGGCAGUGGAUCUGUUCAGCCUUCUUACUCAUUUGCGGUUCUUCUUUUCCUUGAUUCCUACAGAUCAAACGGUAGAUGUUAUGAGGAGAGUAAUUGAUUCUGUUGGUGCAAUACCAGGGAGUUCUGAUCUACAAAUUACAAUCUGUAAAGAUAUGGUGCAAUGGGCUCGUGCUGAAAGGCGUAGAUUUCUGAGGCUGCGACUUGAGAGAAGACUCGCAGCACUACUUGAGGAAAAUAAGGAAUAUUCCGAAGCUUUGGCUCUCCUCAAUAGUGGCCUGAUCAAAGAGCUUACAAGAAUAGAUGACAAGAAUCUACUUGUGGAAAUACACUUGCUUGAAAGCAAGCUACACUUUUCCUUGAGAAGGAUUCCAAAGGCAAAAGUCGCCAUAAAAGCUGCAAGAACAGCUGCAAAUGCUGUUAAUGUUCCUCUAGCUCAACAGGGUGCCAUAGAUUUACAGAGUGGGAUUCUUUAUGCCGAGGAGAAGAAUUACAAUACUGCAUACAGAUAUUUCCGUGAAGCUUUUGAGUGUUUCAGUUUUCUUCACAAGUAUGACCCCAGGGAGGAACUUAGCCUGAAAUACAUGCUGUUGUGUAAGAUCAUGAUGGGUGAAGCUCAUCAUGUGCCCAGGACGAUAUCAUGUUAUGUUGUGCCCAGAAUUAUGACAUGUGCAGGUUCUUACCCGAAUGAUCUUACACCCGACUUGGCUGUCAUGAAAGCCGUAGCUGAUGCUAUUUGCAGGGGAUCUCUGAAAUUAUUCAAAAUUGUUUUGAAAAAUUACAAGCCUCAGUUGGAGGAAGACCCAAUUGUCCACGGACACCUUUUAUUCUUGCAUGGUGUUAUUCUGGAAUACAAGCUUCGCAGAUUGGUUGAACCUUUCUCAAGGGUUGAGAUUGCACAUGUUUCUGAACUAAUUGAACUUCCUGUUGAUGAUGUGGAGCGAAAGUUGUCGCAGAUGAUUUUGGAGAAGAAGUUGGGCGGGACAUUGGAUCAAUCUGGAUGCCUUGUGAUAUUUGAUGAUCCGAAAACGGAUGCCUUAUACACUUCAACCUUACAAACCAUUUCUAAUAUUGGGAAAGUCGUGGACAGUCUUUAUGCUAGGUCUGCCAAGAUAAUUGCAUGACCUCUUCAUCCCUCACUUCAUUUGGAAUGCAACGAUACUUUCCUUAACUUCUCUUGGCAAUUAGUACGAUAUCAUUUGUUUUUCUUUU